AUGGGGAGCAACGCGACGACGCGGCUCGUCGUCGUGCUCGUCUGGACGUUGGCGACGGCGUCGGCCACCUACAAGGAAUACUCGAGCCGAAGCCGUCAGUCCCAGUCCUCCUCCGUGACGUAUCUUGUCGAAAACGGUUCACGCUCUCUCCUCACUCACCCUUUGCCCUGAAAAACUCAACUGGUUUCUCUCUAAGAGCUGUCUACAGCAAAGUUCUCACUACAAGUGCGCUCUAGUGAACUGAUAUCCAUUGAAACAUUUUAGAUCUAUCGUGUAGAUGAGAAUAAUUUCGAUGUUUCAAGGCGGAAGUUCCGGAAUUAACUCUUUGUCAAACUCUGCUGAACUUUUAGUUUUAAUCAGUUGAAUUUUUUUUUAAAUCGCUUGAUUGAUGGAUUUUGGAUCGCGAUGGAACAAGAAGAAGACCCUAAAUCUCCUCAAAUUAAAAAGAAAAUUUUUCUUCAAUUCAGUCACUCUCCAAAAAUUACUUCAAAUCAAAAAAAUCAUGAUCUUCGGAAUCGAUUAAAAUAAGCUAAUCAGCCAAAAUAAGGCUAGUUCAGUUAAUUUCUUCAAAGCUUCUUUGAACGUGGUAUGUUAUCGCAACAAAAUUAUUCAUUAAAGUUUUAUUUUCCCGGCAUGUAAAAUGAAAUCUGAAAAAAUAAUUAACACGUUACCCUUCUCCUGCACGGAACCCCUAUGCUUGACUCUUUAGUUUAUUAGUAGUAGUUUUGUCGGUGGCAACGGAAAUCGAAGCGAAAUCCGAUUUACAACGAAUUCUUCGGAUUUCAGUGCUGAAACUCAAGUGUUAUCAGUGCAAUCAGCCGUACGAUUGCAGCACGGGAACUUGUUACGGGGAUAUCUGCGUCAAAUCUCUAGGUUUCACUUUUCUUCGAUUCAAAAACCCUCAGUCCUGACUUUUUUUUUUUGAUCCCAGAAAUUUCAGUUGACCAACACUACGUCAGCAAAGGCUGUGAAAAUUUGACGUGAGUUUUUUCAAAAUUUUCAAAAAAAUUUUUACGAACUUUCAGGGUUUCUGGCAAUGUUUAUGAGCCACAAUUGAAGCUGAAGGCGUAUUGCAAAGACGAAGAGGUUUUUCUUGUGAAGCCUUCCUUUGAUCAUUUUUUUCUUCUUUUUUUAUUAAGUUCCAAUUCAUCUGAGAAAAAAACUAAUUUAAUUUUUUUAAUGUUUUUUUGCUAGGAAGGUUUUGCAGUUUAGUGUUCUCACAAAAAGUCUGUAUGUUUUCUAAAGAAAAAAAUAAAUUUAUAAAGGGCACAAGUUCAUAAAGAGAAGGUUGUCUUUUGAUGGUAUUUAGCAAAAAAACAAUCAAAAAAAUGAACUUUUUUUCUCAUAAUUUUUUUCAGAAAAACAAUUUUUCAAGUAAAUUGAGAAAUUUCACCGAUUUUUGGCUCGCUUUGAUAAAUUGAAUUUUGAAAAAAAUUAGUCUUGAUUUUUGGAAAAGAAAGUGUAAAAUCUGUCGAAAAUCGACUUUCGAUUGUUUUGAAACCCUGCUCGUUUGCAGGUGCUCGGCGUCGACACAGUGACGUGCUACUGCCGUGACAACGACUUCUGCAACGACGUCGGCCUCGUGACGUCAUCAGCAGCUCUGAUCGUCGCUUCCCUCACCCUUCUGCUACGGAUACACGUGCUCUAG